GAAGAAGAAGAAGAAGAAGAAGAAGAAGUCUCGGGACUUGCCAGGCAACGGAGGGGACGGACCGACCGCAGGACACCAUGAACUGUCCACCGGGGCCCUGCUGAGUCUCCAUGGCCACAGUCCUGGGGCCACCUGCAAACAGUGACCCUGGCAACAGCCUCCUGUCGGCCUUUGGGUCCCGAGCUGGCCAGCCGGCCAUGGGCAGUGUGGGGAGCCUGAUUGAGAAGCAGGACUUCUCCCCCGAGGAGCUGCGGGCCGCCUUUGGGGGCUCCCGGGGCCCCCGCCAGCCUGACGGACUCCUGAAGAGGGGCCUGGGCCAGCGGGAGCUCCUCAGCUACCUGCACCUGGCCAAGAGGGACCCCAAGGGCGAGAAGCGCUUCCCGGCGGCGAGCCAGGCCUUCCGGCGGGACUACGGGGUGGACGGCGAGCUGGAGGCCGACUACCAGGGCAUCUACUACCGCGACCACUCGCGGGCGGCCGACUUCACCAAGACCUCCCUCCCCGAGAGGGGCCGCUUUGACAAGUGCCGGAUCCGCCCUUCGGUCUUCAAGCCGGUGGCGGGGAAGAGCUUCCUGUCCAUGCAGAGCCUGUCGGCUUCCAAGGGCCAGAAGCUGUGGAAAAGCAACGGCAGCCUCCACACCCUGGUGUGCAACCCUCCCGUGAGCCCCUGCAACGGCGGGGCCGGGCCCGCCUCGCGCCCGGGUCCGCCCCGGGCCCACCUGCUGCACACCAUCAGCCUGGACCAGGAGGGGCCGGCCGGCCCCUCGGACUGCGGCGGCCCCCCGCCCGUGGCGGCCCAGAGCCAGCUCAGCGCCUCCGUGGGCCACCUCAACCGCAUCGGGGGCUCCCUGGACCGGGGGUCGCGGGGCCUCAGGGACCCUCUGGCCGGGGCGGAGCAGGGGCCGCCGGCCACCCUGGGCCGCCUGCAGGGCGCGGGGGAGCCCCCGCCGCCCUAUGAGUUUGCCUACUCGGUGGAGGAGGUGGUGAAGCAGCUGGAGGAUCGGCUGCAGGACAAGGGCGGGGAGUUGCAGCAGCUCAAGAGGAGCCUGAGCGAUGAGAACGGCCAAGAUCCCUUCACACAGGUGCUGGAGGACAAGCAGCGGCUCUGGAUGGACGAGCUGGAGGAGCUGAAGCAGAUGUACGUGGAGAAGCUGCACGAGGUGUCCCAGAAGGCCCAACGCAGCGAGCGGAGCCUGCAGCUGCAGCUGUUCAUCGCGCAGCAGGAGAAGAAGCGGUUGCGGAAGGAGCUGAGCGCCCAGCAGGGCUCCGCCGAGGACCCCCGGGGGGCCAGGCCCACGGGCGACCACGUCCCCCCCAAGCUGGAGGAGACCAAGUGGGAGGUGUGCCAGAAGACUGCGGAGAUCUCGCUGCUGAAGCAGCAGCUACGGGAGGCCCAGGCGGAGACGGCUCGGAAGUUGGCGGAGAUCUUCAGCCUGAAGACGCAGCUGCGGGGCAGCCGGGCCGAGGUGGAGGCCAAGGACUGUGAGCUGGCCCGGCUGCGGGACUCGGUGCGGGCCCUGCGGGACCCCGAGACCCGGGACGCCGGCUCCCCGGCCCCCGCGGCGGCCGGCCAGGACGUCCCCGGGGGCGAGGCGGAGGCCGAAGAGGAGGGCGGGCGCGAGGAGCGGCUGAGGGCCGAGCUGCGGCGGGAGCGGGAGCAGGGCCGGGAGCGGGCCCUGCUGUUUGAGCGGGAGCGCCGGACGUGGCAGGAGGAGAAGGACAAGGUGCUGCGCUACCAGCGGGAGAUUCAGGUCAGCUACAUGGAGAUGUAUCACCGCAACCAGGCUCUGGAGCGCCAGCUGCGGGAACUGCGCACGCCCCCGCCCCCGGAGCCCGACUCCCCCUGGAUCCAGAGGGUCGCCUCCUCCGAGAUCUGACGGGGGGGAGGUGAGGGAACCGGCCCGUUGGGCCGCCGCGGGAUGACCCUGUCACUUGGAGGCCCCUCCACUCCCUUCUCUCGGGGAGGGAUCCUGGCCUGGGCAGGAUAGAGGUCAAAAGACUCUUUCUCGGUCCCUGUGGUUCUCAGACCCGCAGGGGUGUCUGGGCCUGUCUGGGCCGGUCUUGCCCCUCCCAAGUCGGGGGCUCUCCAC